UCAUUUCCCUCUCUUCCAUUUCUGAUGAAUAGCAAGCAAUAGGCUUUUCUCUUGUACUCAUUUUCAUUUAGUUCACUUCUGAAAAUUUUCCCCAGAAAGCUUUAUCUCUUUUUUUUUUAAAAAAGGUACAGUUUUUGCUUGUAAUAUGACAAUGGCUCAUUGAUUUUUGAAGUUUCUAUAUGUUCUUCAUCGAAUUUCUAAUGUUCGGUUGUUCAUAUUUUCUCAGGUGAAGAUACAGAUGAAGCACUUAUUUUAGUGCAGAUUGUACUUCGAUUUUCGCCACUAUGACUCCUGUGAUCCCGUGUUCUACUAGCAAUACUACGCUUAUUCUCGGUGCUGCCUGUUCGGUAAGGAAGAACACUAGUUUAACGAGAUGCAGUUCCUCAAGGAGACACACAAGAUAUGCUCUACCCUCACAUAGAUUUAUCCUACCUUUGUCAACCCGCGUUACAUCAUUUCCACAAUACAGAACAGGGUAUGCUUUGAAUGGAAAACCAGGAACCUGUAUAUCUGCAACUGGGACUGAUGUAGCAGUGGAGCAAUCUGAUUCUCCCGUAGAUGCAGUUGAAACAAGUGAAAAAUCAGAUUCAAAUGAUGCACCAACACAGUCCAAACGAACGAGAUCUGUAAGGAAAAGUGAGAUGCCGCCUGUUAAGGACGAGGAGCUUAUUCCUGGUGCAAUGUUUACCGGGAAAGUAAGAUCAAUCCAACCAUUUGGUGCUUUUGUUGAUUUCGGGGCUUUCACGGAUGGACUGGUGCAUGUUUCUAGGCUAAGUGAUAGCUUUGUUAAGGAUGUUGCGAGUGUUGUUUCAGUUGGACAAGAGGUAAAGGUGAGGUUAGUUGAAGUAAACACCGAGAGUGGGAGGAUAUCGCUUUCAAUGCGUGAAAAUGAUGAUGCUAGUAAACGGCAACCACAAAAAGACAGUCCUUCCGGGACUGACAGGGCCAGGCCAGCUAGGAAGAAUGCUUCAAGGCCUGGCCAGAAAAAGGAGCCGAUGAAAAGCUCAAAAUUUGUCAAGGGACAAGACCUAGAUGGAACGGUUAAGAAUUUAACUCGGUCAGGUGCUUUCAUAUCACUUCCCGAGGGGGAAGAAGGAUUCUUGCCUACAUCGGAAGAAUCUGAUGAUGGACUUAUGAGCAUGAUGGGAGGGCCAUCAUUGCAGGUUGGCCAAGAAGUCAAAGUACGUGUGUUGCGCAUCACACGAGGACAAGUAACCUUGACGAUGAAGAAAGAAGAGGACAAUGACAACUUGGACUCGCAGCUCAGCCAAGGUGUGGUGUACACUGCAACGAAUCCCUUCAUGCUAGCUUUCCAUAAUAACAAGGAGAUUGCUGCGUUUUUGGAUCAGAGAGAAAAGCCGGAGAAAAUUGAGGUUCAAACGGUGUCUGACGCUACCGCAGCAGGUGAACUGGUUGAAAAGGAAACGGAUACUGUUGCCAAUAUCGCAAACAAGGAGGAAACCACGGAUAAGGAAACAGAGGAGAGUUUUGAAGUUUCAUCUCCUGAAAGUAGCGCAGAAGUUCCACUAGUAGAUGUGGUGGAAAGCGAUGAAACUUUGGGAUCAUCCGGAGAAAUAGUCGAUCAAGUUACAACUUCAGAAAGUUCAGUUGUUGGUGAAGAUUCCGAUGCAAAGGAUGAAGUAAAAGUAGAAACACCCAUGACGGAGGAUAAAAUCCAGUCUGCCACAUCAGUUCAAGAUGAUGAAGUUGGAGCUAUUCCCAAGGAAAAUGGCAGUGUUGGCAGCACGUAUGUACAACCCGAUGUUCCUGAUUUGAAAGAUGUUGAAGAUACUGCGGAAGACAAUGUAAGCUCUGAUCCAUCUCAAGAAUUAGCUGAUGAUCAGAUUAAGUCUUCUGUAAGUGAAGCGAUUGAAGAAGCUGAGAACAAAGUUGAGAAUACUGAGGAUGAAGUGCCGAUGGAAUCACCAGAAACUCUGUCUGCCUUGGAAGUUGAAGAGGUAGAACCUCCACCUCAAAAGAAUGACGAGGUUACCAAUUCAAAUGGCUCUACCCCGAAGGAAAAUGUGAUUACAGCAACCGUAUCACCAGCUCUUGUAAAGCAUCUCCGUGAAGAAACAGGAGCAGGAAUGAUGGAUUGUAAGAAAGCACUCUUGGAGACCGGAGGAGAUAUUGUUAAAGCGCAAGAGUUUCUUCGCAAGAAAGGCUUGGCAGGUGCAGAUAAAAAAGCCAGUCGAGUCACAGCUGAAGGAAGAAUAGGUUCUUACAUUCACGAUAGUAGAAUCGGUGUCCUAGUAGAGGUUAACUGUGAGACGGAUUUUGUCUCCCGAGGUGACAUCUUUAAGGAGCUUGUCGAUGAUCUAGCCAUGCAGGUUGCUGCCAGUUCUCAAGUACAAUAUCUUGUUCCUGAAGAUGUUCCCGAGGAGAUUGUAAAUAAGGAAAGAGAAAUAGAGAUGCAAAAGGAAGAUCUCUUAUCGAAACCGGAACAGAUUAGAUCUAAGAUUGUUAAAGGACGAAUAAGGAAGAGGCUUGAAGAAUUGGCUUUACUCGAGCAGCCCUACAUUAAGAACGAUAAGUUAGUAGUGAAAGAUUGGGUGAAGCAGACUAUUGCUACCAUUGGAGAAAAUAUAAAAGUGAAAAGAUUUGUGAGGUUCAAUCUCGGAGAGGGACUUGAGAAGAAAAGCCAGGAUUUUGCUGCCGAAGUGGCUGCCCAAACUGCAGCAAAGCCAGUUUCUACUGUCAGAAAAGAACAACCGGCUUCCUUGGAAGCCAAGGAAACUGAUCAGAAACCUGCAGUAGCAGUCUCGGCCGCACUUGUUAAACAACUACGUGAAGAAACAGGUGCUGGGAUGAUGGACUGCAAGAAAGCUCUGUCCGAAACCAGGGGUGACCUUGAGAAAGCUCAGGAAUACCUUAGAAUGAAAGGCCUUUCAACUGCGGACAAGAAAUCCAGCCGCCUUGCUGCUGAAGGCAGAAUUGGUUCCUACAUUCACGACUCUCGGAUCGGUGUACUAAUUGAAGUCAAUUGCGAGACUGACUUUGUUGGUAGAAGCGAAAAAUUCAAAGAGUUGGUCGAUGAUCUAGCAAUGCAAGUCGUGGCCUGUCCACAGGUGCAGUUCGUAUCCAUCGAAGACAUCCCAGUGAGUACGGUAAGCAAAGAAAAAGAGCUCGAGAUGCAAAGAGAAGACCUCGCAUCAAAACCGGAGAACAUUAGAGAGAAAAUCGUCGAAGGGAGGGUAUCAAAGCGGCUUGGAGAGCUUGCCCUUUUGGAACAACCAUACAUCAAGGACGACAGCGUGUUGAUUAAAGACUUGGUAAAGCAAACCGUUGCUGCAAUCGGAGAGAACAUAAAAGUCCGAAGGUUCGUUCGGUUUACUCUCGGAGAGACGGUUGAAGAUACUAAAACCGGAACAGAAGCAUGAGACCAGGGGGGGGAAAUGUAAGCGUAAGAAUGAACUUCCAAUGAUAUGAAUGGGAAAUAUUUUUGAGUAAUGGAGGUGAUUGAGAACUAAUUUUGAACUUAGAGAAAAAUAAAUUUGAUUCUUUAUUUGAUUAAACAACUUCUGAUUUUGUAGGA